CGAACCCCACUGAUAUGAAACUUUCGGCAAGAAGACGACGCCAUCAGCUAGGAAAGCCCAAGAUGCUUCAAUCCCAGCCGACAAUCCUAUUUGACAUCCCUCAAUUUUGCUUCGUCGUUGUCGUCGCCGGUUGUCUCUUCUGCCGCUAAUUUAUGUUCUUAUUCUGCCUCACGCUUCAAUUAUUAUAGUUGAAGGAAUAGUCAGAUCGCAUAGCUUCUCUCUCUCUCUCUCUCGCUCUAACACACUUACUCAUUCGGCUUUUUUCGCGCUUUCGCAUGUCAGUUGUAGUUUUCGAUCCUCACAUCUAAUCGAUCUUGCCUCUCUUCUGCGAUUCUUACAAUCUGGUAUAUCCUUCAAUCCCUAUCUCUAAGGUUCAAUCCAAAAUUUUCAAUCUUUGCGCUUCUACUGAUGAUUUGCAUAAUCUGGGUUGGGAUGCUCAUUGCUCUAAUGGUUUGCAUAAUAUACUCUUUGUGAGAUUUGUGGCGGUCACUCAUGUUGGUUUGCCUUUUUGUAGUUCUUCGAUUGGUGGUUGAUUGAAUUUCACUACUUUGGGUAUUUUGUUGAAGUAGGAAGAGGAGGAGCAGGAGUAGGCCUGUCAGUUCGGGUUCGGGUUUAACCAAAACCGAAUUGCUAACAACCAUCACAGUUUCGGGUUUUUGGUUUUAACCCAAAGACGCUACUAUUCCGGUUUCGAUUAACCGAAAUUCGAAACCCAAAAGAAAACUAGAAAACCCGAAAUUGAUACUCUGGAGUCUGGACACCGUUUUGCAAUUCGAUCUGUUUCUCAAGUCUGAACCCUAAGUCUUAACCCUUUGACUUCGAGACUUCGCAUCCGACUUCCAAUCUUUCUCCAGCAACCCAUCUCUUCGACCAAACCAGUCACUUCUUCGGGAGCUCGAAGAUUUGCCCAACAUAAGGGAUUGCGGUUGCUGCCAUUCUGGGUUCGACGGAGGAGAUGAACUUCGAGACUUCCGAGUUCCGACUUCGCCAUCCAUCCCUUCGCCAAAGCACUUUGUCAUUUUCGCCGACGAAAUCAUCCCUUCGACUCGAGAUCGAUCUGGGUUCAAAGCUCAAGCAUUGUUCUUCGUCUUCAGAUCCAAUCUUUCCCCAACAAGGCAGCAACCCAACUCUUCUACCGUCGCCUCUGGUCUCCGGAAGCUAUGGAAUCCCACCGAGUCGCUUCCGAGGUUUGGACGUACACUGAGGUUCUAACCUAAGACGUCCACCCUCUAUUCCAGUUUCGGCGACCAUUUGGAAUUAUGGGUUUGUUAUCCAUUUAAGUUCUAACCUAAAACAACAGCAAGCUCUCGUUCUUCCCAUACCUCACAUAUGGCAUCCCAAUAAGCUCCUUUUUCUGUUGCUCUUGAUGAUAUUGCUCCAGAGUCCACUUCCCGUCUUCUUUGUGGGAAACUGAAAUCUGUUUUUGGAGCUUGGAUGUAUUGUUUGUUGGUUGAUGAUAAUAGAGAAGGGUUCAAACAUUUCAUGUCUCGUGUUUGCCCAAUGUUUGUGUUACCUAGCCGUCAGACUGUUAGAGAGGAUUGUAUCAAGGUAUUCUUUGAAAAUAGAGACUUGUUGAAGGA